AUGGCCCGUCCUCACUUGCGGCUCUCUUUCAAGGUUAUGAAGGAAGCCGUGCCGCUGUGGUCUUACCGGCCGACAACGAAUAGCUCGGCACCACGAGGCAACAUUGGCAUGAAAGAGGCCGUUGCGAUGCUCUUUAGUGCUGAAGUGGCUCGUCAGUGCCGAGAGAUUGUCACGUCAACAGAUGGACUACUUGACGGACAGCUCUCGCUAUCUCAAUCGUUGUCCAGCCAGCCGAACGAAAAAGUCGAUCACUUCAUCUUCGAGGCCUGCCUUCCCCAGCCUGAUGCCGAUCUGGCUAAGUUGAGACUUGGUGGAUUUAUUUCUGUCGACGGACGGCCGCUUUCCUUUCACCAUAAUGGCAUUGUCGACCAGCUUCUGGCAAUAUUCCAUGCCAGCCUUGGAAGGCUCCUAGGUCAGAUGGCCUCGCCGCAACGGGCAAAAGUCCGUGGCACGUUCAUGCGGCUCAACAUCAAGUGCCCUGCCGGCAGUUACGAUGUUAACGUCGACUCAUCGAAGACGGACGUUCUGUUUGUUGACGAGAAGUUUCUCUGCGACGCCUUUGCGAGACUCUGUGCAAAGACAUAUGUGGCAACUGAUCAGAUGAAAUAUCAAUUUAGCUACGGCUUUGACAAGUAUCCUCCAAGCACCGCAGUUCAACAAUCAACACUCUCUUUUGGGGACUCUCAGGGAAGAGCCGGCGUGACCAGCAGCAGGGUCGGGCCAUUGCAGCAACGGCCUUUUCAUAACACCAACGUCAUGUUGACUCAAGGACCUAAGCAGCCUUUGUUUGCUAGCAACUUGCACAGAUCUGUAGCUCGUCGCGAGGCCCGCUAUGUUGAGGCCGAAUCACCUGUCUCUCAGCUCAACAGCACGUCUCCAGAUUCCCAGGUGGAGAUAUCAAUGGCGAGACAGACUAUCAGGCCUGUUGGUGGGCCGAUUGAAUACAAUUUCACAACGUCGCGAGGUGCAGGCGUCCAGCGCCGCACAGAUUCUGCUCAUUCGGAUUCGCGCCAUACCCAGCUGUCGCCCAUCCGGAAGCGAGCACCAAUACGCAGCGUGCCAGUCGGGGGACUAAAAACACCGCCGUCGUCCAGCCCGGUUGGAAACCAUCAACGCCCAUAUUCUCGCCACCAUAGACAGCGUGGCUUUGAGAGCCCGAGACUACCUGGCCUGGUUUCUAAUGACAACUUUCGGCAAACGACUAUAUCAUUUGGUGACCCCUGUCGCAUUAACAAUGGUAUUGCCGAGGCCGGUCAGGAAACGACAGGCCGGCGGCAAAAUUCCCGCCCUUCUUUCGUUUCCGCCCGAGAUCAUUUCUUCGAGGGCCAUUCCGAAGCCGGGCCGCCACGCAUUGCCAGGGCUGUAUCUGAUAUGUCUCCAACUGGACAAGGGCGUUUAGAUGCUCCUAUUGUCAGCUGCACGGCACCGUCGCCAGAAACGCCCCUUGGACGGCCAGUUCACACAAUGAUGGUCGAUUGGAACAGACUACGACGGACUACGGCCAUAUUCGCACGCAAUAUGAAGUCUUGGGACGAAGAGCCUGAAUAUCUGUCCCCGGAAAUGGCAGAUAUCUCGAGCAUUGAGAGUCGACUCAGAGCGGCCGUUGUUGACUGGCUGGCGAAGAGCAGGGCAAAGAGAAAAGAGGCCGGGGCGGGAUCUGUUCAAGUUGAGUUCUACCUGCGGAAGAGCUUAAAGCUAAAGACACUUUUGGUACGGGGUCUGGGGCAGCAGUAA